AGCUUAAUGAUUGAAACUUGUCGGGCUGGUCGUGUGGAGGAUCAGGGAGGGGAGGGACGCUCGUAGAAAACCUGACACGCUAGCUUCAGUGGGCAAUUACAGCAGCGACGUACCGAGGGAGGGAGGCUACCCGAAACUAAUCAAAAGGGCCGUCCAGCACCUGAACCAUCAAUCCGGUUGAGGACUAAAGGCGAUCAAUCAGCCUGCGGUUAACCUUCGGAGGGAACGUGCAAUUCAACGUCAACGGUUUUUUUGUGACUUAUUAUCGGUGACAACAUGGCUGAGUGUAACGUUAGCAUCGACCAGAAAAAACUACCUGGAGUGAAAGAGGGUAACGUCCAUAACAUAUUUACCGGCAAUAUGUGAAUGAAGAUAGCAGCUUAGCAUCACCUGUGUCCAGUUAGGUGAUACUAGAGAGAGUAAUUUUACAUGAAGUGUACACAAAUGUUUCUGUUUGGGUCUCAUACACAAUGGUUUUAAUGGUUGUUAGCACAGCUUGCUAGUUGAUGCUAGCAUAGAUAAGUCUGGAGACAGGUAGGAAGAGAGCACUGAUUACUGAACGUCUUAGUCUGAAUACAGGCGCCAAACCAGACUAGAACAUGACCCUCCUUACAUUUUUACUCGGCUAUAGUGUCCGAAAGCAAACUAUUGUGUUCAGAGUUUCGCACAUAGUGUACACACUCAUAUUUCACAUGUUCUGUGUGGGUUGUGGUGAUAUGGUUUUGAGGCAAACAGAGAGAGACUGAAGUAAAUACAGAGUAGAAGUGAAGUGACUUGUAGUUGUAGCUCUGGCACAUGGAGGUGUUUGCUCUCUGGGAGAUGUGUGGGUGAGUACUUGGAGGGAAACAGCAUGUGGACACUUACACCUUAUUCUGCAUUAAAGAUCUGCCCUAUACUGAUACUAUUUGUUGGCCAGACAGUCACAGCUUUGACUGACUUUGUGAUCAACCAAUCCAAAACCCUCACAAAAUUAUCUUUACAUGAACACAGACCAGACGUGGGCUAUCUAAGGCAAAUCAAUACAACAUCUGUACUGUGAAAUCUACAUUGAUUCUAAAAUGAUAAUUGUUCUUUCAAUUGGACUACAUAAUAUAUGACAGUGUUUUUAUUUGUGAAUACAACACACUCCAGUACACCCACACUCCCACUAUGUCCCACUAUGCCUGCAGUGAUCAAUAUAAUCAUCGUUCUGAUCAUGUCAACAAAAACUGAGAAUUUAAAAGCUUCCUGAAAGUAGAGUUUGUGUGGUAUUCUGGUGUUCAUGAUGUUAUAGCUGUUACACAGGAGAAAAGCAGGUGAGGAGUGGAGCUUUUGACACUGGAGCACAAUUGUGGAUGCGAUGCUGAGCUGGCGGGAAGGAGCCGUCCUGUUAGUGUGAAGCAGCUGCCCAGCAGGAUGCUUGUUAUUCCGGUCAGAGAGAGAGGGAGCGUGCAUCCCCAACUCCUCGGCUGGUCUGCAGACAGAGAGAUUGAUAAAGCCGAUAGAAAACUUUAAAUCCUAAAUUCCUCGGGAAAAGAUCAGACGCUGUUGUUGUGCAAGAAUGUCUGAGCUAAGCUUACGUUUUGCUGUUUUUUUUUACUGCAUGUGAGGCACAAAGACUUAACUCUUGUUGCUGUUGUGUGUUUCAGUGAAUCAAUCAAACAAUCUAGUCCUGCUAUCACUUGUUGCUUUGUUUGGAAAACUUAACCCAGUUACACACUACACUUCGCUAAAUGCCAGCGUCAACAAGCUGCUUAAGGGACAGUCACACUGACCAGUAUUGUUUCAUCACAUCAGAUGCAUAGUGUGCGGAUGAGGCAGAACAAAUCUCAGGUUACUUGACUAAGAAGAUUAAGCAUAUGGUCGGGGGAAAAAGGUCUGUGUUAGUCAAAUCCUAUAGUGCUUUGCCUUAUGGCAUCUGUUUUAACCAUUCACACAGUCAGCCCCAUCCCUUCAAUACAGCCUCACAAUCUGGACCACUCACUGGUGUUUUGUUUGAGUUGCAGGCGUCAAUAUUAUUGGCAAAUGAUUUGUUUUCCCAGGGCCCUCUCUAAUGUAUGCCAACACUCAGUCACAGGCUGCUGGUGGUUAUUAAAUUUUAAUGUGGAUAAAGUAAUGUUUGUUAGAGCAGAGGAUGGGCACUAAGUCUGACAGCAUGAGGUUACUGAGUGUGGCUAAGGAGGAGCAGAGCUUUGAAUACAAGAUUAGUGUUAAAGAGAGGGCUGAUGUGGAUUAAUAUAGAUGGAUAUAGUGUUGAUGGUUUGAAUUAUUCCCAUCACACAUCCUAGAGUAGGGAAAGAAGAAGGAAAGAAGUUGAGAGAUUGUUUGGUAUGACUGCUUUACACAUCAAUGGCUCUUUUUAAAAGAUGAAAUGAUAGCUUUUUGUUGUUUUUGCGUGUGAUGCAAUCAAGUUUUGCUGCUGAACAAAAAGGAGAUGCUAAAGUACACACAUCCUCCAACAGAAGUUCUACCUCCUGACACUUUCAGGAAAGUCCCCUCUGUGAUCCGUAGUGGGAAAACAGAGGGUGUACAAAACAAAUUAAGAGGAUUUCAAAUAAGAUAAGGUUAUCUGCCUCAUUUCAGGACAGCUCUGAUUCAUAUGUGGCGAUAGAACGGAGACAGUAUGAGAAAGGCCCCCUCCCACAACUACUAUCAUAAUUACUAACACCAGAUGUUUUGCACUAUUUCAGAAGUGCCCUCAAACAUUAAUGAAAUAUCAGCCAUCGUUUGUAUUUGCUCUGAAGAUAUUCAACAAACGGACAGAUAAAUGAUGUUUUUUAGGUUUAUCCUGCUGGCUGAUUUAUUGACUUAUUACACAGAGGUGAUAGAUGAUUAGAAUUUAGUUGUACAGCAUAAACUUAGUCUUACAUGACUCAUAUAUUAAACUACUUUUCAGAGUUUAGUCUGUUAUAUUUGAGAUGUGAGCUUUGCGAUCAUUUUACUCAUUCCUCAAAGCUUGUUUAAAAGAAACUACGUCUCAAAUAAACUCAAAUACAUGACUCAGAUUUAGAAAUGACUGAAAAGCAUAAUGCUUAGGCAGAGAUUUUUACUCAUGUUCUGUGUUUUCAUUGUCUGUGUUUUCAGGGACUUGCAUAAGAAUUUUAUCAAUCAUAAACCCAUUCUCACUUCUUACAAAAGCCCCAUUUGCCUUUUAAUAACUUCCAAAGAAAGAAGUUCAAACACCCCCCUCGACAUCUGUCUUCAUUCAGGCGUUUACAUUUGAAGGUUGAAUGGUUCCUCAUUUACAGUUUCACUUCUUGUCUUUGCUGGCAGAAAAUAACCAAACCACAAACCAUCUGUGAAGACAGUGCACUGCAAACAGUCUUCACUGACAAAUUUAUUGCUACACGAGACAUUAAAUAUCUGUAACCCUUUGUGAACAAAGUGACAUAAGAAUCCUUUUGAUUAAGCCUUUGUAUUUCCAUACAAAGUCCAGAAUUACUGAUCACUGAUGAACAAACACCAACCUGUGAAAAACCUGGUUAAGUCUUCAAAACCAGUCUUUAGGAUACCGUCUCAAGUCCACCUAUAGUUGAGCACUUGUUUCGGCAGCUGGCCCGAAUGUCAGACAUCUGGAGCAUGACUGACAGACUCUGAUAACAUCUGAAUUUCCUCAAGUCUGAACCAGCUUAAAAAAAAUCAUGCAGUGGUUGUGACUAAUUGUGAAAUCUCCUUAUUCACACAUGGUUAUCUCAGAUUUAUUCUUUAAUUUUAUAUCUUGUUUCUUUUUUUCAGUGUGCAAAGACUUUGCUGUGCUGGAGGAUCACUGCCUGGCCUACAACCUCCAGGAACAAGAAAGUAAGAAACUUUUAAAUAAGCUUUGGAAAAUAUGACUGUCUGUGCCUGUAUGGUGGUAUAAAAAGAGAGUAGUUCUCCAGACUGUCUGUUUAUGCACUUAAGUCUUUUAUUGUUGAAACCUUCCCUGCAUCCAACCAUUCCCACCUCUGUGGACUACUUUAGUCAGGCUGUCCUGCUGCAUUCCUACAGCAGGUCACCUCCUGCUUACUUAGCAAAAAAACAAGCUAUGAAAGACGCUUUUUUAGAGUACAGAGAAAGGAAAAUGAAUGCAGUGCACCAUGUUCCUCUUUCCCUCUCUCUAAAAUUUGCCAAGUCCAACUGGGUAAACUGCACCGUCAGUGGCUGCAGCCUGUUUAAGCCAACAUAAACCCAGCUUCGGUCACACUAUUAGCUGUGUGAAUGGUGCAGGAUGCCACUAAAGUGCAGCAUCAGGGCAGGGCAGUGGCAGAUUAUGAUGGCUCAGUGUGUGCUUUUUGAUUAGAUCGCAUUAAUAUGUGUGUGUGCUGCAGCUUUAGGGAAACACAGAUCUGAAGUUAGACUCCACAUUCAGCUUUUACAGGAGUUAAUAUAUGGAACAUACUGAGAGAGAGACUGUUUGCAGGUUAGUCCCUGUAGGCCUCAUUAGACGAAUAGUAGAAAUCUAAUUACCAUUUUAACUUUCUAGAGAUUAUUUUUCUUACUUCCCUGAGAAAUACCCUCAGGAAUGUCUGCCCCCCUCUCACUUUAACAUAAGCCUCCUCCUGUACUGAAAAAACAGAGACAGACAAAACAGGGCCCUCCUUUCAUCAAAUGUAUAGACAUUUUGCAGAUGGCUCAUGACCAACUCAUCUACUUAUAUCCUUAUAUCUUUAGCCUACAUACUCCUACGUAAAGACGUGAAGGGAGAGGGGUAACUCUUUUAGGCUGUGUCAAAAUUAAAGUGGUUUAAUCUCUACAGACUAGAGGUGUUUCAGUGACUAAUCCCAGCAGUUUGAAAAGAAAUUUGAAAUCUUACUCACCAGCCUGUCCAAGGGUAAAAAAAACAUUCAGAAAACAGAGUCUACAGCAGGGCUUGACUCUAACUGUUUUCACAAGAAGCGCAUGUGUUCUUAAGCUUUAAAAAGUAAGGAGCACACAAAGAACUUUAGGGGCAGAAUGAAAACUGAUCAAAUAGUGUGUGUCUUAUUGGUCAAACUUAGUACUGUUGUUUGAGAUGAAUUUUAGGUCUUUUGGUCACAUGACAUGGAAGCUAUAAAACAGCCUUUUUUGAGAACAUCAAUCGGUAACUUAUUGAUGGUCCCUUACUCAACACCCAACGUUGACGGUGAGGGUGCUGAGUAGAUUUAACCACGCUGCUGUUGCUAUUCCCGGUCAUGGAGAGUGAGAAGACACCGGUAGAUCCACAGUGAAAGGCAGUCGAAUGUCCAACCUAAAACUAACUUCCCUGCGAUAUUUACAUGAAAAAAAACAUUGUUGCCUCGGCUGAUUUGUUUAUGCGCACAUGUCCCCCUAAAUACACUUUACACACUUCUAUUCGCAAAUGGGAGUGAAACAGUCGCACUGUCGAGCCCUGGUCUACAAGCAAACAAUGUCAAAUUGGUUUACAGGUUGUUGCUGACCUUUUCGCAGCAUCAGCUUUCAGUCUCCCCUGCAGGUUACUGACCACACCCCCCUGCUGGUUACAUACUGCCCUAGUUCAGUGGUUAACCAGACACAGUCUAUACACAAGUUCAUCUCCAUUUCCUAGAUUAAAAACAUUAAUAAACUACAUUACAAGAUGGAAUCUUUCAUGUGUGCUCGUUCACAUGCCGGUAGUAAAGCCAUUACAGCAAUCGCCAUAAACCAAAGCUAGUGGAGGGUAGCUAGCUGCAAAAUAAUGAUGAGCAUUUUGGGUCUACAGUAACAAAAAUCUAGAUCAUCUGUUGAACUGACUUGUAUGUCUGAUGUUGACUAGUGGGAGAGAAGGUGCUAAGUCAACUGAACAUGUGCACUGCUGGUUCAGUCUCAUGUUGAACCUUUUACUGUGAUGGGAUUAAUACAUUGAAAGUGCACACAUUUGGAGCACAGCUGCUGUUUUUGCUGUGGUUUGUUUUGGCAGACAUGUCCUUUUGUUGUCAUUGACCUUUUUUAAAUCUUUAGUAAUCCAAGGCUCCUCGACCAGUGGUCCUUUUUUCACCACAGUAACUGAUCUGGUUAGAACCGAAUAAAUGUUGAUUCACCUCCGACCCUAAAGAUCACAGAGGAGUAUAGUGGCUGUCACAGACUGAGAGUCUUCUUGUCCCUUUGUUUGCAGCCGGGAUCUCAUCAACACAAGGCCGUCCAUGAAAAGGCUCUUUGUGACAGUCAUUUGAAGUUGAUGUGGAGUCGCAGCUGGCUUUAAUUCCCACCGAAAAUGCUGAGUAUGAAAAUACUGGAGCAUCCAAAUGUCACAUGGAAAACAUUUCUGUACGGUCGUUUCAGCAUUUGGUGACUUUGUUUCAGGAAUGUGUUUCUGUUUUCCAACUUUUAGAAACAGGCUGAUCAAUCCGCGAUGCAGAGAGUCUCAACUUUCUCACCUUAUCUCACUAUUUCCUCUCAAGGUUGAUUUUGUUGAAUGAACGAAUGUCACAACACCUGGUCAUGUUGAGGGGUUUUUUUUCCACGUUGAAAGAUGAACCAAUGAAAAACGUGGCGGUGGAUAAAUGAUCUUGUCUUGGGUUGUGACAUCAGGUUUUCCAUAAAGCAUUUUUUUUAUAAGGUGUCAGAAGCUUGAACAAUUGAUCAGCAUCAUCCGAAGAAAUCAAUCUCACCCCCCGACUUUAAAGCGAGUCGCCACAGCUGUGACUCACCAGUCAGAGAGCGCAAACUUUAUGGAGCCUCUCACGGUUGAAAUUGCCAAACGCAAUUUGGUGCUUUUCACAUGAGCGCUGUGAAUGGAUCAAUAUCCAGGUGAACGAGAGCUGAGGAAGUGACUGAUGCUCUCCAUGCUUAGUAAGUGUCAAGAGUGCGUCAGCAGGCAGGAUUUAUCAUCUGUUAUGGCCCACAACAGGCUAUCUCACAACCUUGGAACAGCACCUCUGCUGCGAACACUCAUUUCUCAGUGACUAAGAGUGUUCUUUGUUUAUUACCAGAGACUAAAGCAUCUGUGUCCUCAACGUUAAUGUUUUUCUCUGUGGAGCAUUCAAGCUUCUCUGAGACGGAACAUCAAGAGCCGUGUGCAUGAGUAAAUAAACUCUCCAUCGCUGCUCUGUUUGUUGUUUAUUGAAUUCCUCAUUAUCACGAGUCUAUCCUGGUUUGCUAUACACAGUUUAAGAGGGUUGCUCAUGUGUUUGUGUCCAUAGUUGAGAGCCACUUGGCGUCCAAUGUCAAUAAGAGCCGCCUGGUGCAGAAGGACCUGCAGGUCGCAAAGAAGCUGCAGCAGGAGGAGGAUCAGAGGGCCAAAGUCCAGAACCAGAAACAGCACACUGAAAUGUGAGUUUUACAUUUACAUAUAUAUGUGGGUUCAUUAAAACAAAGUUCCACUCCUAGACAUGGAGAGUUAAACAUAGAAAAGCAUGACACUAACCUGAAGAAUGCAAGCUAUAAGAGGAAUGUCCUCCCUUGAGAUAAAUGUCACUGGAAUCAGCACAUAAGAGAGCUUGAAAAUAGAGCAAAGAUAAUAAUUUUAUUUGCUUAUCUCUCAAUUUGAUGGAAGCAGAAAGUUUCACAACACUCUGGAAAGGGACAUUACCAAGAUUUCAGCUGCCCAACAGCUCCGGGUUUCCUACAUUUUUGUAGUUGUUGUUGUUUUUGUUUCAUGAUGUACCAGAUGUUAUCAGCGGGUGACAAAUCAGAGAUGCAUGCAGACCAGUUUAAACCUCCGCCUCAAGCUUCUCUGUACCACCAUCACCCUCAUGAUUUCGGUUUCAGUGAUUUGCAAACAUUCAAAUGAUGUUUUAUUUACAUUUUAUGCAGCAUGUUAACACACUGAAUCCAAUUUCAAGGGAGUAAUUUUGGAAUUGUGGUUAAAUUAUUUUGACAGUUUUACAGUGUAUUACAGUAUGAAGUCAUGAAGUACGGCUGUAAUAAAUAUUGAAGUUUCAGAAUAACAGUGUUCACUCUAAAUCAUCUGUAUCGACUGGCUUUAUUCCUGGCUUUAUACAGUAGAUAUUGUUGGUUGAGAGCAUCUGUUUCAGAUUAGUGUAAUCUAAUGUAAUUACCUCAUGCUUCAGACAGAUUCAUACAACAGGAGUGAGGUGAACAGCAGUACAGACACAGGUGACCACAAACUGAUACAUUUGGAGGUAUAUUCCAUUACUGGCAUUUAGCCAUGGCUUGUGUCUUGCAGUCAUCAGAAUCAGUUUGCUUGUGUUUGCUGUUUUGGUCAUAUUGUGCUGAAGAAUAUUAAUGAGAAGGUUUUGAUUUAUUAGCUGAGUCGGUGUUCCCACUUCGCUGCUGUGUCUGUUUGGAGGUAUUUGCUAGACUUCAAAUCAGAACUCAUCCAGUUAUACUGAAAUGAGUAGGGAUUAUCAAGCCUGUCCUGACUGUGAUAUAUGUUGUUUUCACUCACGGUAACAGUUACUGGUAUUUUAGACAAGUAGGAGGAAUCACAAGAAGCCCAUUCACUGUGCUUGUGGUGUCUGUGUGGUAUCUCCACAGCCAUGGAGCUCCAUAAUUAUGAUUUUUAAGGGUUUGGGCAAGCUCCAGCUGCACGUCCAGAGCUAUGCAGCUUCACCCCAGAGCGGGCUGCAGCUUCUACACAUAGCUGGCUGUUCUUUUCCCCUUGCUUCAGCUCCAACACAAUCCUGCAAACAGAAAAGCCCUCUCCUCACCACCGUAUUUGUUUUUUGAAGGAAAACUGCUGGCUCACCGCUCGGUUAUAUAGCAGAUUCAGAUGCGUAAGCAAACACGCGGAAGCUCCAACAGUGAGGUGGCACCCCCAGAGAGAGGCCAGAUGCUCAACCAUCGAUUGAGGGAGGCCUGUGCUACUUGUCAUGCUGGGAGCCCACACUGUCAUCUCCUGCCACUUCAUAUGAACCCACUCCCAUACAUACAGAAAGUACACACACAAGGGCAUACAGCAUCACUUCUACAGAAGAAGGGAAGCUUCUGUUUACUUUUACCAGCUUAAACUCAAUAAGCGAUCAGCUGCUCAGGUUAGAUGAAGGGGCCAUGUAAGAGAGCUAUGCUGUCACUGCAUGUUCUCCAGCCAAGCAUCAUGCUUUUGUUCGUCUUGUUUGACACACAGACAGAAAAAAUCUGUCUAUACUAAUCUUCAAGGUAGAGGGUAUUUUGUCAAAGUCAGAUCUUUUUAAAAUGUGAGGCUCAGGAGCUCUGUCGGAUCAUUUCUGCUGCUGCUGCUGCCUGACGCAAACACGCUAACUCCCACAACACGCUCACGAACAAUUUCCCCAUGUGUCAUUUCUUUUCCCUUACAUGAUUCUUUCAAGUGUUGUGCAGUUCUUUACAGUGAUCGCUUAUUUCUCUAGUCUGCUCCGUGCAGGGGCUCCUUUGCUCUUUGGAGACAUUCGAGGAAAAUAAACAGAGAUUGAUAAAAACAAAAUAUGUAUCCUGACUAUUCAGAGAUGCCUCUGCCUGUGUGUCACAACACAUCUGGGUGUCAAGUUGUAAUAAAGUCAAAGACACGUUUGACAGAAAGCCAAGCAGUAUCAUGUCUUUUAUGUAUGACUAAUAAUCAUGCUAAUAAAAAAGGACAUCCUCACUUAUUCAAUCACAGCCAUUUCUGAUUUAAAAACAUUGUCAGCAGUUGUUCUAGUAACCUAAUAUGUUAUUACCAUAUGUGUUUUCCUAAUGGUUCACCGCUCUUCAAAUAUCUCUUCGUAUCUCCUCAUAUAUUCAUGCGAACAUCAAUGUAUGGAAACUCCAGUGAGCGCCAAGACAUUGAGAUCGCCCAUGAGAUUCAGGAAGAACUGGUCCGACAGGCCGAGCAACAACGACAGCAGGAAGAGAAGGAUGCGGUAAGACACACACACACACACACACACAGAGAUUCACACCUGUUUAAGCACAAUGUAGGACACAUCUACCUGUCAGUGAUUUGAAUUCUGUUGGUAUUAGUGGACUGUGACAUGCAGGUCUUGAGUCAUCACUUUGUCUGUGCUUUCCUUAUGUACCAAUAAAAUGACAGUGACCUGAACUGCAUGUCUGAAUCACAACAUUAGUAAGAUACGAAGCCAACAUAGUCAUUCAUUGACAUAAUGGCAAUAUCAGGUUGUUUUCCCAUCAUAUUGUGAGUAAACGAGGCCACAGCUAUGUUCAGUGUUUAACCUCAGUGAUGAGGUUAAUGAAAAGGCUCUGGUUCAGUCUCUGUCAAUCCAUCAUGGCUGUCACUGUAAAUAUUUUAACUACCCUGUUAAUUAUCCAAAAGGUUAAGCUGUAAAUAAGUCUUUGAAAAUGUCUUCAAAGCGACUUUUUUGCUCAUACUCUGAUUUGAAGAUGUGUUAUCACUUAACAGGAUUACAAUGUUAGGAAUUAAUCCAAUAUUUGGUCCAAGAAGGACACCUUAAUUAUCUGUUGAGCCAUCAGAAGAUGACACUUAAUAACCUCAUAUGUGUAAAAUUUGUGUGAAAAAACUCUAUUUUUAUUAUUUGUUAUGGAUCGGCCCAAACAGGAAAUAUUUAUUUAUCGUUAUAGGAUGGCGUGUUUACUCUGCCCCUGUUUGUUUGUUUGUUUGUAGGCCAUCGCUCGUAAGCUGCAGGAGAAGGAGAUGAAAGAGGAGAGGAGGAGACAGAAGCAGAAGGAAGCAAACUUUGAGGAGGAGUACUUUGAGGAUCACGGAGGUGAGGAGAGCACAACUGGCUGAGAGCAAUGUGUGUCUGCUCCUCUGUGUUUGCAUGUGUUUUUCACAUGUGCGUGCAGAGACGCAGGAGAAAAUAUGGUCCUCUUUGCUGCUUUAGAUGAGUGAGAGUUGUGCUCUUGUUGUGGCAGAGCACAGGAGAUAGUUCUGAACAUGGGAGGUGAUUUUGGACUGCGUUCCUAAGCUUUAAUGAACCCUAAAUGAGGCUUACAUGUUCCUGCAAGGAAAUGAUUCAUCAUUUCACUCCAGUUAAAGAGCCAACACCAACGCUAAUAUGUUUAACAGUGCUUCAGUUUUCAGACUCAACAUUAAUAUUAUUUGAAAACAGAUUCAAUCUCAUACAUUACAUUAGUCAUCUAUUGGGGUUUAGGGUUAGUUCCACUGUAGGUCUGUUUUGUUCCCAUUUGAAGAGAAAAGGUUGAUCUUUUCAGUUUCCUCUGUUGUCAAAUUGUUGCGCUGAGCCAAGUCACUCCAUGUGUGCGAGGUUCACCUUAAGAUCAGAGUUGAUCCUACGUCAUCACCGCGUUUACAAAAGCCGGUUCAACGCAGGUCUUUUAUAGUGACGGCCGAUCAAGAUGAGGAAUGCUGCAGCAGCUGAAUUAUACGUCAGCUUUCUGGCUGCACUGUGGCUGGUUGUAAUGCACUUACAGCCAUGGGUGGGGUGUGACUUUGACAACACAGGAGAAAUAUAUUUCACACAGUCCUCUCCUUAUUUCGAUUCCCUCCUGACUCAUAAAAGCUCAGCUUUGUUCUCCGCAGCUUUUUUUUAUCUCCUGCUGAGUCUAAUUGGGCAGAUUAGUUCAUGGUUUUAUGUCAGGGUGGUUUUGUUUUGGUGUUGGGAAGAACUCAAUAUGUUCUUUAUAUGUUAAAAGAAGAUCAAAAAUAGCCUUUCAAGAAAAUUCUCAAAAAAAAAAAAAAAAAAGGAAAUACCUCUACUAAAAUCAGUCCACGUUCUCAGCAUUUUAACAUCCAUUUACUUCCUGCAAGGACAUGUAUAUCCUAGUAUGUUAAAGUUAUGACAGUCAAAUGUUUUGUGGCAAAGAGAGCUGGAUAGUAGAGUGAUUGAUCUUGGUAUUAUCUAUUGAUAUUUUAUGGUUAAAUUAGAAUCAGUUUGAAUCAGAAGCUCACAGUUAAUGCUUGGAAAUGAGGAUAGAAGUGUUCAGUUUCUUGAGCUCUUUUGGAGGGUGUAUAAAGGCUGACCUACACCAAAAGAUUUUAUGAAUCUGAACUGAUGUUUGAAAUGUGAGAGACACAAUAGACAGGAAGCAUCAGCGAGAACCCAAAAGUAUUUGGAUUACAACAGGUUAUCAGGUAGUGAAUACUGAUCUGGAGCAGGGUUUGAUAUCAGUGCAGGGACAACUUCCUCCUGAGCAGAUCAGAGAAGCCCCUUUUAACAGAGAUCACAGGAAAAUCUGGCAUAAUAAGAGGGAAUCAGGCCCCAUAACAGCUUGGUACCUUGUAGUGCUCACCCUGCAUUAGUUCAACCUGGAUGAAAACUGCUUAAAGGGAGGGGACAGUUAUGUAAAUACUCCACAGAUUCUGUAUCUGCACUUUGUUGACUUAAACGGGGCUUAAGGAGGGCUUUCAGCUGUCAGUCUAUCUUCUCUGUUGUGUCUGUUUCAUAAGUGUCUGGAUCACAAGCUGCACUGGUGCUUCGCCUCCUUUUAAAGGUGUCACACAUAACAGGUGGUCUGGAUACAACUGCAGGUCCUCCAUGCUUACUGCUAUUCUUCCAGGAGAGCUGUGUUUGCACUUUCUUUCUUGCAUGUUGCAAAACCUCAUCACGUCAUUAUCCUGCAGAGUGUGUAAAAGAGCAUGCACAUGGAGGGGGAAAGGUUUCGCUUUCUUGUUCAACCUGACUCUGACACUUUGGGGUCACUCGUUACUCAGAUACAAAUUUAUGAAGGAUGUGAGAUUGUGUCCAAGCAAAGAUGUUUUUUUUUUUUUCUUUCUUUCUUUCUUUCUUUCUUUCUUUCUUUCUUUUUUUUCUCUUUUUCUUUCUUGCCUUCUUGCUUUCUUGUCUUUCUUUUCUUAUUUUUCUUCCUCUUUCUUUCUCUUUCUCAUUUCUUAUUUUACUUUAUUUCUCUCUUUUUCUUUCUUAUCUUAUUUCUCUUCCUUUCUCUCUCUCUUUCUCUCUCUUGCUUGCUUUCUUUUUGUCUUUCUUUCUUUUCUUAUUUUUCUUUCUGUUUUUCUUAUUUUCUUUCAUUUUUUCUUUCUCUCUUGUCUUAUUUUUCUUUCUUUCCUUCUUGCUUUUAUUCUUUCUCUUUUGCUUUUCUUCUUGCUACUUUCUUUUUUCUUUCUUUCAUUCUUUCUUUCUUUUGUUCUUUUUCUUUCUUUCUCAUAGGUUUCACAUUUGCUGAAUAAGCAUAUUUUACUUUCAUCUGAAAGUACAUCUAAGUUUUCUAGUUCUCUAACUCUGCUGAUGCUUUUUGAGUUUGGUAAAUUAAAUACUUAAAGACACGGUUUUAACAAAAGUUUCUGCCUAACUCUGUCCCUGUAUUUACAUUUCUUUCUUAAUGCUUUGUUACCUCCUCCCCACCACACUGUCGAUCCUCCUCAAACACAUGUAAACACUUUUUAUGAGGGUGUGUAAUCUGCUGCUCCAUACAGAAAAUGAAACAUUGCUAGCUGUGCUUUACCUAAUCCAGUGGAUUACAGCUGUCUAAAGCAAGCAGUGUGGGGGUGGACCCAGUCUGUGCCUGACAGAUACACGACACUGGGAAAAAAUGGGAAGAAGAGAGAAAGAUACGAGUUAAGAAGUGAGAUCGGAUAGAAACGAACCUGUGCACUGUGAGCAGGUAGAAAUCAGGCUGCCCUCGUACCUGCCCUCUUUUCUAUUUGACUCAAGUUUGAACGUUAACAGACUCCAGUUCAGCAGCCAGUUUAGAUGAGUGGAAUUCCAUUGCGCUGACUCUCAGCUCUGGCCUCUGCUGUGAGCUUCUUCUGUGUGUUUUUCCACAUGUUUGUUUUCAUUGAAACUUGUGUAGAGAGAAGGUCAACUCCCACUUUGAACUCUUUCAUAAGGAUAAACGUGUUUUUCUUGGUUUAAUGUUCUUUUUUUCUCACUGACGUUCAUUGGAUCACAAAAGCUAUCGGGGUGUUAAAGCACUGAUUAUUACGUUGCCACUGCAGUGACUUUCCAGUUUGGGUGCAGCUAAUGUCGGUUCUCUUUACAUCUCCAACAUUGACCUUCUCUUUUGAUUGUUACUCUCCUCACAGGUGGUGUCUACUAACUAUGAGUUCCUACUAACCAUCUUAAAUUGUGUAACUGCUGUUUGAUAUUGUUUUCAUAUUUUCAUGUUCACAUCAACCGUCAUCUUCAUCAUCAUCAUCAUUUUCUCCAUGCUCCCUUUCCCCCUUUUUCACCGCUGCGUCCCCGCUCAGCUGCACGACGAGCCCUCGACUUGGACAAACACAGCCAUCACAAAUCAUCCGGACAGUACGAUACGUACAAUCCAGUGAGCUCACACAGGGAUUACUCCCCAGAUUAUAGCUCCACUGAGCCCAAAAGAAGCAGGUACCCAAAACACAACCCUGCGGCACCCCACAGCCGCUCCAGAUACCCCGAACACUACCUUGGGGCUGAGGGAGGGCGAAGCAGGCAUGCAGAUCCAUAUCCAGAACACCUGCUGCCCUCCAGGGGAAAGCACGGGGAGAGAUAUCAGGAUUAUGUGCCCAUAGAAGCUGGUAGAGAGAGAGCGGUGAGGAGGAAGGAGAGACCAGCUAGACCUCCUCCACCGCACAGUCACAUAGAGAGAGACAAGGCCUGGGACAGAGAAAGAGACAGGUAUCGAGACAGAGACCGGGACAAAGUUAGAGACAUGAUGGAAUGGGAGAGGCAUGUGGGAAAAGACCACCGGAGAGACAAGGAACAGGACUUCAGGUCGGAAAGAUGGGACAGAGAAAGAUCUAAAGAAAGAGGACUCAGUGGGGACAGACAAAAGGAUAAAGACAGACAGAGACAGAAAGACAAAGAGAGACGAGCGAGGGCCAAGAGCGUGGAGAGAGGACUCGAGGAGGAGCCGGGGUACAGCAGAAACAGGGAAAGAGUUGGCAGGACCUCCUGGGAAGAGGAGGGGGACGAAGAGGAGAGGGAGAGGAGUGGGAGAGGCCGGCAGCGGGUCCAGUCAGGCCACGAAGAAGUGUUUGAUGAUCUCAGGGGCGACACCAGUGAGUGGUUGGACCCCCAGCUGGGUGAGGGUCCUGGCAGGGAACGCAGUCUUACUCACCCCGGCGGAGAUACAGGUACCACCCUGAGCCCCUCCCUGGGCUGUGCAGGGUUGUGGUGUGCUGUGGUUGCUUAUUUUUGCUGUGGCGAUCUCAGGUGGUGGGUUGAUCUAACAUCACAAUCACUAAUGAAGAUACUAACUCUCUCUGCUCUCAUGAGGAUGACUCCGAUCUCACAGUCAUUUCUGGUGGGAUUCAGACAUUGAUGGUUUGAAACGCUCUGAUUUGUGGCUUUCUGGUUUGCUCGUUGUUGCUGUAUCUUUUGGGGUGUGCUUUGAUUGCAGAAAUAAUGUGCUGAGAGUGAAAUUUGUGCUGUGAUUGAUUAGUCGAGAGGUUUCAUGUAUUUUUGACGAACUUAAAGUCGGCAUUCAUAAAGGGCUUCAGGGCUAGUGAGCCGGUUAUAUUCGCAUAUCUCAUGACAGUUUAAAGGUGUUUGAAGAAUAAUCCUAUAAAGACCAGUCCUGCAGCCCUUUAGAUGCCUUAUGGCUUCAAUCCAACUGUGAUUCCAUUUAUCGUAGUACCUAAAUGAUGAUAUUAUCAGUCAAAUAAUUGUUUUAUUUAUUUAAAUUUUCUUCAAAAAAUACAAAAAAAAAAAUCAGAAUAUAGAUUUUUUAUGUCUCCAAACUGAGUUGAUGGAAAAUGCAGAAUGUAAUUGUUACACGCAGCCCUGACUCAUCACUGACACACUGCGUUCUAAACCACAGGCCGCAUUGUGCACCGAGGGAGCGGAGCAGUAGUUGUAGCAGAUGCGGAGUACGGACUGAACGAGGCCACUAAGGGGUUAACAAAGCUGGAUCUCCGUGAGCUGGAGAUGAAGGACAUGGAGGUGGCCAGAAAACUCCAGGAAGAGGAAAUCAAGGUGAGGGAAGAAUCCAGAGAAGUAUUUGAUUUUGUUCAUGGGUUUCACAGACGCGAUUAAAAUGAAAUGAAAAGAACUGGAAAUGAUGGAUAAGUCUGUUUGAGGUUUGGCUUUUAGCUGUUUUCCCAUAAAGCUGUUCCACUGUAUAUAACUCUUCAAUAUGUCAGUGUCGUCAGAUCAGAUACACAAGGACAGAUAUCGAGCAGGUAAUAAACCCAACAUUAAAUACUGAAGACUUAAGUCUUGAGUCAGAUCUCAAAACAAAAGAGUCCAAGUACAGUAGCUGUUCCGUACACUGUGGGGAUUUCCAUUAAAUAUUAGGCUUGAAGAUUUUAGCUAUCAUUUUCUGAAUAUUGAAUGUUGUAUAAUGUUGUAUCUGUGUGACUCAGUUUGUGGAAAAUGUGAUCAUUUGGUCGUCUUCUCAUUUCAGGCGAGUAAGAUACAUGUGCGUGCAGCCCAAGUGGCGCAGGAUGAGGUGAGUGGGCAUGAAGUCUGGAAACUUGUCCUCUACUGUCUGUCCUCCUUUCAUAUCCACUCUUUCCUGAACUCAGCCAAUUACAGCUUCUGCUGUCACUUUACCUCAUGUCUCCAAGCCUGGUUCUUACCCAAAGAAGAAGAAAUAGUCAACUGUACAGGCUGUGAUUUAGCAAUUGAGAGCUGUAGACGGUUCAUAUGACACUAAAAAUGUCUGUAUGUGUUAUAUAAACGCAGUGACAUUGACGUGCUGCCCACACAGAUUACCAAGAUUAUGUAGGUUAUGUUUCAUUCAAUGUGUAUGUAACUGGUGUCUCAAUUUGGCAGGAGAUCGCCCGCCUGCUAGUGGAACAAGACAAAAAGGAAUACAGGAAGCAACGGGAGCAGGAGAAAGAGAGAGAGCGAGAGAAGGAAAAGGAGCGAGAGAGGGAGAGGUUGGCCAUGGAGAGGAUGGCGAUGGAAAGAAGACGACCAGAGGGAGACUACAGGGUAAUUUUGAAGAGUUUGAGGGGAAAUAUUUCUGCUUUUGUUACACAGUCUAAGUUUACAACAGCUUCCACUGUUGCGCUGAAACCAUAAUUUCAAGAACCACAAAUUUGUGAUGUUUUGCAGCCAAAUUCAGAAGAAGUUGUCCGACCGAGAACACGAGAGGAGUAUGAUCACCAGAGGCAGAGGGACCACAACAAGCCUGCCAGGUUCAAGACUCGUCACUUCUUCAGACCAAGUAUUUCAAGUCAGUCAAAAAGUGAAAGCAGCGUCAUUUCAGUUAUUUUGUCCGUCUUUGUCUCCGUGUCUGUUUCAGACCUCCACAGCCUCGGUCGCACGACUAUGAGAAUGUGAACUCUGGCUACGGCUACUCGGACCACCAUGUUCCUCCUCGAGCUCCCGCCAGACCUGAGGCUGCUUACAAAGGUGUGAUAUUAUGUGGAUUAGUUCAUUGAAAUUCAAAUUCUACUCACUUCCUGCACUAAUUUAACGCAGGGACACACUAGUAUCUGUCUCAGAAAUGAUGGAAAGUAACUUAUUAGAUGUUCUUGAUAAUUUAGUUUGUCACAAAACAGUACAGGGAAAAAAAAAGGAAGUAACACUUUUGUCCGUCACAGACACCCAUCUGUAAAUCUAGUGCAACCCAUCCCCUCCCUACUUCUCACUUUAAUAGGAAUCUGAUUGGACAAUUAGCACUCAGCCAGAUAAACCUUUGGGUGUUUUAGCUCAACAUAAAACACUUUUUACUUUAAUGAGGAGCAAAUUCUAAGACACCUUAUGGAUGAAAAAAAUCUUGAAAAUAUCCAAAGCAUACUCUUAAUUCAGUUUCAGUUUCUCAUGGUGAAUGACUGGCACUCUUUAAAGACCCACUCUAAUGAAAAUCACGUUUCUCUUGUUUUUUAUAUGUUCAUAUGGCAUUUUUCUGAUGCUACAGGACAUAUCAUGAGAAAACUAAAACGAAACUGCUCUUCUGAGUAUUUCUUCAUUCAAAUCGCAGUGAAUCUCUGGCAGACCCAUAUGGCAGGUUCAGAAACUGUGAGAUAUCAUACAUAACCAAUACAAGCUCCGCACCCGGAGUCAUAUAGGAAAUACAGAGGACUAAAGACAUUAGCGUGCAAGAGCUAAAUAGCUCCUAUGUUACCUGCCACUUCUACUACACCGGAAAUGUUAGGCUGCAAGCUAACAUGAAGAGGAGUGUGCAGAGCAGCGCUGUCUCUGCUCACGACUCAGAGGCGAAAUUCUAAUGAUCUACUGGAGCUCUGCAGCAGAAAAGCCCUCGAAAAUGACACAGGUAACACGAUUUUUGGUAAAAACUUCAUAAUCACAGUUUAAAGACCACUGAUAACACUUCAAGUAGUAAAACAAAAUGAUCGGAGUGGGACUUGAAAUCUCUAUCCCUGCACGUAUUUAUCGUGUUGAUGAGCACAGCGUGGAGGUUCAGCCACAGUCGACUUCAGCUCAACGAUUACAUAUCCUCGAGUAGUCAUGAUAAAACCAGCACAUCAAAAACGUCCUCACAGAUCAGAUCAGAUCAUUGAGAUGAGGGGUGGAUUACUGAUGGAGUGCUCUGCUGUAUGCAGUAGUUAUGGGCAAUGAUGAUGGACACACAUAGACCAGAAACCAGAUCUCUGAAAAGUGCAGUGAAAAGACGCCUUAACAACACAACUUUAAAUUGGAGUGUGCUGUGUCAAGCUGCUGAUGGAUCAUUUGUCUCCUCGGUUAUUUUCCAGGUGCCUAUUACAAGCGGUGACUCAGGCUCUCUGCUACGUCCAGACAUGCUGUCAGUCCUCCUUCGUCCUCCUCUUUUAAUUUAUCUCCUUGUUUUCAACCAUUCACUCUCUGUUGACCAAAAGCCUUGGGACAAUCUAAUGAGUUGGCAAUGGCAGAUUUUUUUUUUUUUUUUUUUUUUUACACCCUCCAAAGUUCAUUAAGUGGAUCCGAGUGCUGGAACCACACUCAUCCUUUCUUUUUUUUAAAUGGUUGUAAGUCAAGACUUAAUAUCUUUUCAGUGACUCCACUUCAAAAAAAAAGCCAAAAUAUCAGCCUUCUGACAGAAACUCCCAUGAUUCUUAGCUGUUUCAAAUGAGGAACUGGCUCCUCACCCGCUGUGAUCAUGUGCUGAUGUUCGUCCCAUGGUGUGGACCAUGCCAUCACAAGGGCUCAAGGCCUCUGCUGGAAACAACCGUGCAAUCUCAAAUGAUCCUCAUGACUUCUUCAUGGGACGUGCCUGUCUGCUCCAACAUGGCUGCUACAGUGUCUUACAUACUAACAUGGCAGCUGCUUUGUUACACCCAAGCACCCCUGCAGUCCUCUUUUUUUCGGUCACAUUCUGCAUGGAGGACGUAGGAGCCGUCUCUGCGUGCAACCUGAGAUGGAAACGCUCCCGUUUCUCUCUUCAACAAAACAACUUGUGAGCCUUGAUCAACAUGCUGGUGAUUUUUUGCCCCCUUGUUCCGGCGCAGAGGAGGCGGUGCUUUGUGAUGAUCCAUGGAUUUUUAAUUGGCUGUCAGCUGUCUUUCUCUGCUUAAGAGGGUUGUUUCGCUCCAACACCCUUAACCUUUUAUGGGUGGAUGAUACUCUGUGUAGGACUCACUGUUUCUAUGUGCAUGCUUACUGAAAGUGUUCAACUGUGUACAUGCAUUUCAGCUCUUUAUCAAAUAACCAAUCUGCUUCUUUUUUACCUUCAGAAAGGGCUAAGGCCGCGGACAGUUCUCCUCUCUUAAAUAAAGAAAAUAUGUUAGCUCGUAUACUGCUUUACAAUAUAUCACUUUGCCACUAUUUCAUAUCAUUUACAAACCAAACCUGGCCCGUGUAAAAGCCAGUUCCAAAAUGAAAUGCAUGUACAUUGCUUGUCUGUUGUUGAAUCUUAUUUCAUGCUUUGCGCUUACGGCGCAGAUGUUGUGCGAUUGAAUAUUUGUCCUUGUUUUAUUUAAAUGUAAAUAUUCAUUUUUAUUUAAUCCUUUUUUUUACUUGCCAAACCAAAUCCUGUCACCAACCAUGGAAAAUACAAGUCUCUCUCAAGUUCUUAAAGCUGUUUUCCCACUUAUUAUCUUUCUUCUGAAAAAGGGAGUCUUAUACUUUAUUUUGGUUUAUUUUUCUGGUCUUUCCUCAGAUUGUUUUCAUUCCCCUUGAACUUUCCUGCUGUCACUUCCAGUCCUCUUCAUUUUGUCUCAAAGUCAAAGGCAGACAUCACUUCCUGCCUGCCUGCAGUAAAUGCACAUUUUCUCACAGUGGGAGAAAAAUCUGGAUGGAGGGGAAUCAUUCACAGAGACAGCAGGAAAACCUUUUCUCUAAAGGGACCUAUUUUAGUGUUUUCACUGCUCCAGGAUGCGUUGUUUUUGUUCAUAUUGAAUAAGGAUGAAAAGGAGAAUAAAGCACAUUUAUAUUUGUGGGGCCGGAAAGUGAUUAGAUCCUUAAGUGCUGCGUUCAGGUCCUCGUGUUGUGUCUAAUGUUACUGGCGUUAUAAUUCAGCUUCCAAAUUUAAAAUUGAUCCUUUCCCCACUCAGAUCCCCCCUCUCUCUCUCUCUCUCUCUCUCUCUCUUUCCUCUCUAUUGAAAUAGUCAAUUUUCUUUGCCCUGGUGUGAAGUGUUUCGGCUGCUGAGGACUGGCACGCUGGUGAAAUUGAACUUUGUGAUGAUGUGCUAAAUGCUGUUGACAGAAUGAAAUUUGUGCCAUAUGUUGAUGAUGUUUUCAGGGACUUAGAAAUAGGAGAGCUUCAAGUAGUUGUGGUGUUAGCAGAGCUACCACACCCCAAAAAGUGGGAAUCCUAAUUUAUUCUUGGGUGGGAGCACCACCUUGUGGACAUGGUGACUAUUGGAAAAAAGCUGAUCAGAAUGCGUCUUAAUGUACUUGUGGACUGUUGUGCAUCAGACAUGACUUUGGAAUUGAGUGCCGUCUUCAUCAUACAUUGAGUGUUAUGUUUUUAUUUUUUUCAAUCCAGGGCUUGUAUGCAAUCUACCAAUCAUGAAUCAACACAUACUGUAUGUGUUGGCACUUAAUGUAACAGAACUUUUUUAAGUAAAAUGAAUUAGCAAGUUGCUUUUACCUUAUUGCAUCUGAAAAUGUAAUAAACUGUAUCAGCAUUUCA